AUGCUCGUACGGGGCUUGGGAUGGCCAGUCCGGCUGCCUGGACUGCUGCUACCCCAACCUGCUCUGUCCCCGCGACGACUGCUACCCUCCGCCUCCUCGCCAGCCUUCUCGCGACGAUUCAGCUUGCACACAGCACAGAGACCCGGACGAUCAAUUGAGACCCGCUAUAAACGACCUAUCAUACCGUCCAGACACCUCGCAACCGCAGCAGCCGCCUCUCGACCACCCUCCUCAUCUCCACCGCACACACCCCGAUCCUCUGGCGACUCAAAACCGCAGCGGAACCUGUUCAACUUGCGACCAUAUCAACAGGAAUGCGUCAACAGCGUGUUGGACGAGCUGAAGAAGGGAGAGUACAGCCGGUUGGGUGUCAGUUCGCCGACAGGCAGCGGCAAAACAGCCAUGUUCACGAACCUCAUUUCGCUCAUCCCGCCGCGGAUACACCCCGUCACUGGCGAACGUGCCGACCAAGUCCUCGUGAUCGUCAACUCGAUCCAGCUCGCGACGCAAACGGGCGAGGCUAUCAGAAGGGCGUAUCCGGAUCUGGUUGUAGACGUCGAACAGGGCGACAGCAGAGGAAGCGGAUUGGGGCAUGUCACCGUCGCGACUUUCCAGACUCUCGCGCGAGACGACUGCGCACGACUCGAGAAGUUCAUUCCGGAGCGGCACAAAGCCGUCAUCAUCGACGAAGCCCACCACGCCGCUUCGCCCUCGUACAUCGAGAUUCUCUCUCGCUUCGACUCGGAGAUCGAGAAGCGCUUCGAGGGCGAGGUCAGCGGGACCGACCCGGAUCCCCUCCCGCUCAAGCUCGACUCGCUCGGAAGAGCACGAGUACCGCUCAUCGCUUUCACCGCGACGUGGGGACGCUCGGACGGAAUCGCGCUUGGCAAGGUGUUUGAGAAGAUCGUCUGGCAUGGCGAGUGGCUGGACAUGAUUCGCGGGAAGUGGCUCUCGCAACUGCAGUUCACCACCAUCCGCCUCGGCGACCGCCUCAACCUCGACGAAGUCGACGUCUCGCGCCAGACGGGCGACUUUGUGCCUUCUAGUCUUGCAAACGCUAUGGACAAGUCUGAGUUCAACAACUUUGCGAUCGAUGCUUGGUUCGAGAAGGCGCAGGACCGCCGCUCGACCCUCAUCUUCGCCGCCUCUGUCCCGCACUCGGUCAAUCUCGCCAACGCCUUCCGCGAGCGCGGCAUCGACGCUCGCUUCGUCUCGAUGGCUACCAAGCAGGCGGAUCGGGCUGAGCUGUACCGCGCUUUCAGGGCCGGCGAGUAUCCGGUGCUCAUCAAUUACGGGAUCUUGACGGAAGGAGCCGACUUUCCCGAGAUCGACUGCGUCCUCCUCGCACGCCCGACCAAAUCGCAAAACCUCUUCCUUCAGAUGAUUGGUCGCGGCUUGCGGCUCUCGCCUCACACAGACAAGAAGGACUGCCUGAUCAUCGACUUGCUCGGUUCGGCGGAGAGGAGCGGCGGGAUGAUGUGCACGCCGACGCUGUUUGGGCUGGACCCGGAUACUGAGAUCAUCGGCAAGUCGACGGAGGAAUUGGAGGAGAUGGACAAGGAGGAAGAGGAGGGCGAGGAGAAGGAAGAGGAGGAGAAGAGUCCCGUCCGCCGACUCCACUCGAUCCAGUACCAGCACUUCACGACCGCCUUCGACCUCGUCGAGCACCUCGCCAACCCGCGUGACCCGAAGACGGGCGAGAACGUCACUCCCGAAAUGCGGCGCUGGACAGGCGAAGGCGGCAACUCGGUCGCUCGGCUGUCACGCAACGCCUGGGUCGGCUGCGGCAACAACGUGUUCAUCCUGCAGCUCAUGAACAGCGGGUGGGUCAAGAUGUCGCCGCAUCCGGAGCACGGGUUCAUGGCGCAGAUCUUCCGCUCGUUCCCGAACGUCGGCGAGCGCAAGUCGCAGGCCGUCUUUAGCCAAACCAUCGCGACCGGCUACUCGCCACGCGAGUGCCUCCUCAAGGCCGACACGUACCUCAAGAACCACCGCACGUUCAAGACGUACGGUCUUGGGCGGUACGCCAAGUGGCGGUCAGGCGAGGCGACCGACCGGCAGAAGGAGAUGAUCAUCAACCGCCUCAUCCCAAAGAAGGAUCGCGAGAACGGCAAGACGACGAUCUCGGGCGUCUGGGUCGGCAAGCCCAUGGACGUCGAGGUCGACAUCAUGCGGCCGGGCGGUCUCACGAAGGGCCAGGCGAGCGACAUCAUCUCGCGCUGCAGACACGGCGCGAUUGCGCACUGGAAACGGACGCAGUCUACGAUCAAGAAGGAGGAGCGGCAGGUCACCUCGGAGCGGAAGAAGGCUGAGCAGGAACGGAUCAAGGUCGAGAACAAGGCGGAGAGGGAGCGAGCGGCGGCGCAGAAGAAGGCGGACCAGCUGAUUGCGACGGUUCGCGCGCGGAGGACGCGCAAGGAGGAGGCGGCAGCGGCAGCGGGCGAGGCGGUGGACGGGGAAGAUGUCGAAGGGAAGCCGAAGCGGCGAAAGUCGCGCAAGAAGGCAGGCGAGGACGCGAGUGGGCAAGAGGGCGUUGAAGCAGGGGAGGAGAAGCCGAAGAGGCGGCGCACUCGCAAGAAGGUGAACGAGGACGACGCAGAGGGCGAGGUCGACGGGGAGGCUAGUGAGGAGAAGCCGAAGAAGCGGCGGACGCGCAAGGAGGCGGACGAGGAGUUCGUCGAGUCGCCUUAG